AUGGAUACAACGACGAGUAUAAAACCGAAGUCAAUGGCUGAAUUGUUGCCUGGGCUUAGUGGUAUUCUGUCUAAAGAUAGCAUGCAAACCCUGACUGCCAAGAAGCAACCUCGCCAAACGAUGGUACAGACUCGCACCGCAGAGAAGGUUGUCAAACCUUUAACAAUAGCGGAAAUGAGAGCUGAUAUACUAUCGCUAAGAGUGCAGUCACCGAGAAGACCUGCUCAAGGAGCUACAAGUGCUAGGAAAAAAAACUGGAACUCCUCCGUCAAGGUGGACAAGACAGUAAGCCAUACAGCCAAUGGCAAAAUGAAAUUAAAUCCUGUUAGAAAAGUGCUUAACUUUCAACCUAAGCCCAAACCCGUUAUGAGUAAUACUAACACGAGAGUCACAAUGGCCCCUGAAGCUCCAAAGUUUCCCAAACCUGAAUACAGACCAAAGAAGUCAAUGUAUUUAUUACAAGCUCGUAAUAAUGUAAGGAUAAGUGGAAUAAACAACAUAUCAGAAACACCAGUUGUAACCAAACCAGCGAUCAGCCGCCUCACACUUGCCAAUAAAGAAAAUAUCUCCCACCAGCCGAGUAUCAAGAAAUUUGUUCCACCUAAGCCACUGAUAAGGAAACAAAUUAUACCAACCAUACCUGACACUCCAAUGUCUAAUGAAUCCUGGAAGUCCAGCUGUGAUGCUAGCUUCUUGCAAAAUGAAAAGGAAAUUAAUGAUGCUGAGGCCAAAACUAAAGCAAUAAUGGAGGAACCAACUCUUGAGAACAUUGCUGCAGUCACUCCACCAGUGUCUACACCAUUCAAAGAAUACAGAAGUGUACAGGAGUACUUCAAUCACUCCAGUGAAUUAGAAAGUUCUGAGGUGUACCACGACAAUACCAUCAUGAGCUUUGAUAAACCUUCAGACAGUAAAGAGAACACAAAGAGAGAAGAAAGUGUAAUAGUGUCAUUAUGUGAUCUAUUGAACAAAGCUUCUGUAACCACUACAGGGAAAAUGAGCACAGAAUUAGAAGAUUUAUUGCAGAUAGAAAAACAGACAGAACAUAACUUGAAAAUGAUAGAUAACAGUAUUGCUGCACUCAAUAAAAUCAAGGAGUCACAACUGACUUCUCUGAAGUAUGUCAGGAAACUAAUAAAUGAUAAGAAACCACAAGAGAAUGGAGACAAAACUUUAACAGAUACCAAAGAGAAUGCAGAAGCUUUAGUAAUUGUGAAGAAUGAGAAGUCAAGUCCUGAACACAAACCGGUUGUUGGCAAGCCAUGCUCAGUGAUCAAAUCUUGCUCAAAGUCACCAUCCUAUAAAAUACCAAAAAAGAAUUUGUGUUUAAGAAAAAAAGUGUUUUGUAAAUCAAUGCCAAAUGUUUCAAAUGAAACAGUUACACCUGUGAAGUCUGAUAUGGGCACCAGAGCUCUCAGUAUGUAUAUGAAAAUGAAAGAACAGAUGAAUUUCCUGAACACACCAGUCGCUACAAGAAAUUAUCAUGUGCCAGAUACACCGGCUGUUACAUCUCACAAUUUACAAAAGCAGCUCGACAAACUUUAUGAUGAAAAUUAG